CGGGCCGAGCUAGUUGACGCCCGCGCGCGGCUCAGGAUCGACCCAGGGGGAGAUGGAGGCGAGCGGCGUGGCCGACUCGCUCCUUUCCGGAGCUUGCGUGCUCUUCACCCUCGUCAUGUACUCCACCGGCCUCUCGGAUCUCAGGCACAUGCGGAUGACCCGGAGCGUGGACAGUGUCCAGUUCCUGCCCUUUCUCACCACGGACAUCAACAACCUGGGCUGGCUGAGUUACGGGGCCUUGAAGGGUGACGGGACCCUAAUCUUCGUCAACGCCACGGGUGCGGUGCUUCAGACCCUGUAUAUCUCGGUGUAUCUGCACUACUGCCCUCGGAAGCGUCCCGUGCUCCUUCAGACUGUGACCCUGCUGGGGGUCCUUGUCCUGGGUUUCGGCUACUUUUGGCUCCUGGUGCCCAGCCCGGAGGCCCGGCUUCAGCAGCUGGGUCUCUUCUGCAGUACCUUCACCAUCAGUAUGUACCUCUCACCACUGGCCGACUUGGCCAAGGUCAUUCAGACAAAGUCAACCCAACGUCUCUCCUUCUCACUCACCAUUGCCACCCUCCUCACCUCCACCUCCUGGACCCUCUAUGGGUUUCAACUACGCGACCCCUACAUCAUGGUGCCCAACAUCCCAGGGAUCCUCACCAGCUUCGUUCGCCUCUGGCUUUUCUGGAAGUACCCCCAGCAGCCAGACAGGACCUACCCGCUCCUGCAGACCUGACCCCUGGGCACCUUGAUGCCAGCCUGCCGCCAAAGACAGGUCCUGGUCUCAGCUGCUGCUGCUGACCAGCUCCAUGAGCGCACGGGGUUGUGGGAAAGAAAAAGACGACUAUGAGAAUUGAGGGGCCAAAGAAAGCGUUCUGCUCCGAAUACUGCCUGGGACUUGAGAGAGGAAUCACUUAUUUUUUAUAGAUUCUAUUUUUUAAUUGUGGAGGUUGGGGUGCAAUCGUCAGAAUGUGCCUUAAAAUAAAUUGUUCGCUACCCCCGCCCAUCAAA